GGGUUUUUAAGCAUGCAGCCAGACCAUUAAAUGGGGAUAGGAAACUGCGGAACUUUCUUUUAAAACUUCUGCAUUAUUAACAGUCAGAUUGCACAGCAAACAUUCAUUAUUUGGAUUCUAAGGAUUUCAGAGAUUGAUAGAUGGAGACAUUUAAUAUGCCCUGGAUAGCCCUUGCUCUCAUUGCGCUAUCUGUGGACGUGCUUUGUAACCCUUUGAUAAAUGACCAUUUAACGGAAGUCACUUAUGAUGAAUUAGAGGCUUUAGGCACCAGCUGUUACCCUUUGGACACUUGCAAAGGAAACACAACGAAUCUUGGAUUGAAUAUUUUCAACUGUGACUGUGACAGUUCCUGCUCAAUGUAUGACACAUGCUGCGUUGAUAGUGAUUUCAGAAUUCACAAAAAUUCCCCCAGACACAAAAGUAAUUUGAAAUGUCUGAGCGUUUACAACAAUCCUGGAUAUGAAAUAUACAUGGUUGAUACCUGUAAAAACGAUGAAUCCUUUGAUAACUUAUGUCUCAGUAAUCCUGAAGAAAGUGAUGAUCCAUUUUUGAUCAUUCCAGUUACCAGUAACGUGACAGGCAUCACUUACAAAAACUAUUUCUGCGCUGUUUGUAAUGAAGAUGUUGAUUCUAAACAAUUAGAAUUUUGGGACAUGGAGGUAUUGGGCAAUAGCACAUUUUUUAAAAACUUGUCUGAACCACAAUUUAAGUAUGACAAGACUAUAAAAUCAUGGACAGUGUUUGAUGGCAAAAGUACCGAAACUCCCGCUGCUGUUCCAGUAAUUUUAAAUAUUCAACACAAUUCACAUGCAAAGUAUUGCACAUCAAGUUUGCUUGAAACCUGCUCCAGCAAUUGGACAGAUGAGGCUGUGGCAGUAAAAUGCCGAGAUUACAUGGCAAUAGUGUUUACCUUUCCAAAUGUCAAAUAUAGAAAUCCUCACUGCGCCCUUUGUAAUUUCGAAAAUUUAAGCGACCUUCGUUGUGUUGAGCGUAGUUUCGCAGCAGUCCCAGCUUCUAUCCCUUCUGGUGCUGCCGAUAUUCCUCUGAUAAAUUUAUUCGUAUUAGAAGAUAGACAAAGAAGAUGUGGUAAAAACAUGGUGUAUGACAAGUUUGCAGACAAAUGCAGAUGCAAUUCAAGAAUAUACACGAAGGAGAAUGGAAAAUGCGUCCAUAAGAUUUGAAGAAAAUCGUGGUAUUUAUUUAACCAUUUGCACAGCAAAAGGAUUCACAGAUGGGCGUGCCAGAAUAGUCCACUGUAACGUGCAGCGAUGCCGCAUAAAGUAUCCAAUACCUUACAAAAGAUUUACAUCUUCUAAAUGAAUUCAUUUUUGAUCUAACAAGGGGAGGGCACGAGGUUGAAAAUUGAAUUCGGGAUGAGAUUUAGUAUAAUGGUAAUAUGCAUUUAGAAUGUUCAGUCAUGAAAAUAUUAAAGCGCAAUAACUAAUUUCGCGAAAUAUGGCCUUCAAACUUUCAGCAUAUCUUCUAUACUUAUAAAGUGUCGCUGCUGCGGAGAACCAAAUAGCUUGGGUUUGUUUGUUUGUUAUUUCUAUUUAUUUUCUUUUUAAAUUGCUUCAAAAAUCUACAAAAAGUUAAAUCUUUAAAUUGUUAAUUUAUUUGAAGUAAUUCAGAAUAUUAAAAAAAUGCAUUCAUAUUUAUAAUUAUUUUACUUCUAAAAUUAAAUUAUAAUUCAAGAAUCGGAAGAAUAAAUAUUUAUUUUCGAAUAAAAAAAUUUUAAAAAGCAUAUGAAUUAAAACUUUUUGUAGAUUUUUGAAGUAAUUUAAGAAAAAAAAAUGCAAGCCCAGCACCAAAGUCAAGUAUCGUGAAUGCUACAUCCGUGCUUUAUUCACUAUAGUAUUCGGGCCUCGCCAAUGGUGACACUUUAUUAGUAUAUAAGCUAUGCUGAAAGUUUGAAGGCCAUUUUUCUUGAAAUUUGCUAGCUAUUGCACAAAAUAUUUUCAUGAAUGAGGAUUCUAAAUGUAUACUAUCAUUAUACUCAAUCUCAUCCUGAACUCAAUUUUCAACCUCGUGCUCUUCCCUUGUAAGACUAUGCUGAUGUAAACGGUGUUCCGGUAAAUAAUCAACAGAAGGAUCAUUUUUACUUGUGUGGUAAUGGCCUGCCGACGUGUACACCACAUUGUUGAUGAUUUUUGUGACAAAAACAUUUCGACGUGCUUGGCACAUCUUUCCACUGCUAAUGGUUAAGUGUUCCAUUGGAAAUACAAAGGAAAGGACAUAAUUGAUUAAUCUUAAAUAAUCAUCACUUUAAAUUUCACAUUUCAAAUUAGGAUCUGAAAAAAAUCCUGAGGAAUAAAGCUAAAAACAUGCCAAAGCUUGAAAUUUUUACUUGAAAUAUUCACUUAAAAACCAUCUUGCCAAUGGAUUGUAGUAAAAUUCUGGACCAUUUCAGAACUUUUUUGUUGUAUUUUAUAAUGAAGUGACUCUUCGUGCAUGCAAACGCUAUAAAAAUGGUAUUUACUAUUAGGUUGGAAAUGUAUAAUUGUAUCAAAACAACUUGCCAAUGGAUCAUAUUAAAAUUGAGGACGUAAAACCGACCUGCCAACUAGAAUUUUGGACGAUCUCAAAACUUUAUCAUUGCAUUUUGUAAUACUGUGACUCUCCGUGCAUAUACAUGCUAUUAAAGUGGUAACAUAUAAUUAUACUUUUUAUUGUUAGGUUGGUAAUGUAUAGUUAUAUUUAAACAUAUUUUAUGAUAUUUCACAUAUUACAAGCAAUAGAUUUAGUGUAAUUCGUUUACCAAUGGAAAAAUUGCUGUUUACAGUAGAAUUUAUUUUACCUAUAGAUCAUUUGUUAAUAUUAAGAAACAAAAUAAAAUGGCUAAUUUUCUAAUAAAGCCUAAAACACUAAAAUUUCUUUUCGAUGACUGCCUAACAGCAACAAUGACAAUACAUGAUUCACUCCUUGAAGAUAAGGUAUUUCUUAAACUCAAAGCUGUGUAUGCACUUUUUAUACAAUUUGCUUUACACAGCAUAUAUUUAUAAACUGAAAUAAAAAUAACAUUUAUACAUGAGUCUAAAAAGAUUUCAGUUGUUAAUAUUAGGAAAGGACUAAAAUGGUUAGCUUUCUAAUAAUGCCUAAACCACUAAAAAUUAUUUUCAGCUCAGAUAAUGAUAAUAAAUGAUUAAUUCCUUGAAGAUAAGGCUUUUCUUAAACUCAAAAUUUUGUAUACAC